AUGAACUUCAAGGAGCGGCGCGCGUCGUACGUCCUGCAGUUCUACAAGCCGUCGGAUCCCAACAACCCCCGAGAUCUGGGCCACAAGACGUUCGCCGUGGUGGGCGGGCAGGUGGCACUGUACGGCAUGCCGGGCGGCGGCAACACGCCGUCGUGGGUGCGCCUCACCGAAACGGCCAACGCGGGCGAGCGGGCGAUCUACGUCAAUGCCGAUGUGACGCGCUGGGCGCCAGGGAUGACGAUCGCGCUGGCGUCCACGUCAGCAGAUCUCAACGACGCGGAACACCACGUCAUCUCAUCUGUGUCCGUCGUCACGCCCGCGUCAGGACCGGGAAAGAGCGACGGACGGUACAAAAUUAAUCUAAAGACGGCGCUUAAGAAGCGGCACGACGGCGAGAAGAUUUCGGACGGGGUGGGAGGGACGGUGGGGAUUUACGGAGAGGUUGCACUGUUGGAUCGGCAGAUCGUGAUCACGGGGAGUGAUGAGCCCACACCAUAUCAAUACGAUGGUGGCAACUUCAUGGUUUAUAUGACGCCUACAGCGCAAAAAAUCGUGGGAGUUCAGUUUCGAGCUCUCGGAAACCAGGGCGUGUUGGGUAAAUACCCUUUGCAUUUCCACGUGUGCGGGCAAAAGGGCGCGAACCACGUGGUGCGGAAAAACGCGAUCGUUUUCACGAAGCAGCGAUGCAUGGUGAUUCACGCGACGGGUAAUAUGACGAUUGAGGAGAACGUUUCGUACGAAACGAAGGGCCACUGCUACCUGCUGGAGGAGGGGUCGGAAAUGCGAAAUGUGUUCCGGCGAAACCUUGGGAUCAACGCGCGGAAAGUCACCCAAGUCAUCCCCCCGUUAACUUCCAGCCGGCUGGAUUUGCAAACCGACAAGCAGCCGACAACUUUUUGGCUUGCGACGCCCUUCAGCAGCUUCAUUGACAAUGUUGCCGCCGGCUCUGAAGAUUCCGGAUUCUGGCUAGAGGCCAACCCAUACAUGCGGGGUCUGUCCAAGCUUCUACCAGACAUCGGGUCAACAGUGCCCUUCUAUUACAACUGGGGCACGUGGGACGGCAACCAAGCUCACUCCAACGCCCUCUUUGGCUUCCGCACCUAUCCCCAUGGGUCCCGGCCGCACUACCCGUCUCCCACCAAGAAUCCCCGCGUCUCCCUUAAGAACUUCCUCGUUUACCGCAACAAGGCAGGAAUGUUCUUUUUCAACAGCGAGCGACUGAUAGUGGAGAACGGGGUGUUUCUGGACAAUGGCAUCGGCAUCGACUUGAGCUGCAAUGCCGGUGUUCAAGCCAAGGGCUGCCGCUUCAUCGGCCGAACUUCCGACUCCUGCCCGUCCUCCAAUGCGGUCACAACCACAGCCCUUGCCACCACCACCACCACUACCACCACCACCACCAUCACCACUACCCAGGACACAUCCAACGGUUCAGAUGCCUCCAUCCCAUCAAAUGGGACCAUCCCCGACAACAGCGCAGCUGCCCCUGAUAAUUCCACCCCAUCACCCGAGCCCCUUCCCGGCAACGACACCGCUGCUACCACCCCUCCAAACGCUCCAGAUUAUUCCACCCUACCUGGCAAUGACAGCACAGGUGGUGAUGGUGAUGGUGAUGGUGAUGGUGAUGGUGAUGGUGAUGGUGAUGGUGCUGCUGCUCCUUCCAACCCCCCAGACGGCUCCAUUCCCCAAGGUCCCACCACUCUUUGGCAACCCUUCACUCUGGAAGCGUCUCUGGGACCUCUCGACCCGUAUGCUGAUGAUGGCAGCAGCACGGACGGCAGCAGCGGCAGCAAAAGCACCAGCAGCAGCAGCAGCAGCAAGGCUUUUAUAGGCGCUGGAACAGCAGAGCCCAUGGGGCCAUCGCUGCAGGAUCAAGCAGGGUCGUUUUCUGCCCCGAUUGGCAUCGUGCUGAGUCAGAGCAACCCGCAGGACCACCUCUACCCCAACUCUAUCCAAGACAGCUCCUUCCACCGCUUUGGCACGUGCAGCAGCAGCAGCUUUGGGAUCGCUCUUGUGGCCAAUAGGGCGGGCGGAUACUGGAACACUGCCAUGUUCGUUAAGGGCCUUUCCUUAACUUCAGGCACCAACAAGUUCUGGGCCACACCGAAUCCAUCCUCUGGCACUCCGCCCCGGGGGGGUCUGCUGGCGCGCUUCUACGCCAUCCGCGAUCUCGACGGCUCCCUCCUCGGCCAAUCAGGCUACGCCGUUGCCAACUACGACCCGAUCCUGCCGCCCGCCGCCGUCCGGGCGGCAAAGUGCGACUUCAAGAGCGCAUUUUCGGCCUAUUCCUGCACCUCCGUCUGCUACCGAUCAAUCGGGCUGGAGUAUGAUGAGUACGGGGCCAGAGCCAACUCCUACCGGUUGUUCUCCUCCCUGAAAAUCACUCGAAUGGACGACGGUACUUUCGUUCACGCGUACGGAACUGAUAACGAUGACCCGAACGACAAGCCUGCCUCCAGCACGAAAAAAAGGCGCUACUUAACCGCGUCGCUUCUAGCUGGGUACACUUACCGGAUACAGAUUAUUGCCGCUGACACCAACAGCGACUUUUACCCGAGUAAAAUGCAGCUGAACGUGUUUGACUGGCAGGGCUGCUCUGGGGGCGUUCAUGUGGUUAUAGACUCGCCGGAUUUGAGCAGCAAGUGGCGGGCAAACGUGCCUACAGUGCCAUGCGCAGAUGUUAACGAGACGAAGGUUUAUAAGGAGUACGCGUGUGGGGCGGGGAAGUCGAGACUGCGGCUGGAUGUUGGGGCGAGCAGCAGCGGCAAAGCAGCGGUUGUGAUGGAGUUGAAUGAAGGCGUCGGCACUGCUUGCUCGUCAGACUCUGGUUGCUCUACCAUCACUUCUGCUGCUCUGCCGCCCCUCUCCAUAGCGCCUCUCGCUGACAGCGAGUCGGCCUUUUCCUCCACCGACCCGUUCUUUGAUCCGAGCUUCUACGCGGGAGGAGCAGACGACCCCCACACGGUGCUAUGA